AUGGAAAGUGAGGAUGAGAGAGUGGUUAGAGAGUUGGCACAAUUGUUAGAUUCCUCGGUGUCUACCAUAUCAGACAGAUUUAUGGGCUUGAAAGCUGCUAUUGUAUCAACAGAUUCAAAUGUGAAGUCUUUUGGAAGAUCCUCUGAGUUGCUAAAAUUGCUAGGCUUUGAGGGAGGCAAGACAUCAGAAACAAGUGAGUUUGAUUUAGUGUUUGUGCAUGUAGAUUUGAUCAAUUCGUUGGUUGGUGGGAUAUUGCAAAUAGCACAGCCUGGAUCAGAAAUCAGUUCCCGCUUACACUUAUCUGUAGUGAUGAGCUAUGGAACGUCAGUUGACAAUGAGGAUAGCAGUUUAUUAUUUCCUCGUCAAAGUUACACCACGACAGGACUGAAUAUGCUCUGUAGGCACCAUUCUCCGAUGCUAAUCACACAAUGGCAGGAGGCUGUCAGCCGGAAAGAUAUGGCAGAGAGGUUUUCUUUCCAAGAUAUAAAGGAGCAUUUGAAUAACGGACAAGAGAUAGGAACUAGUUACUAUGAAUAUACAUUUGAGGAGUUCGAGUUUAAAUAG